AUGACUGGGGCUUCUGCUGCAUACUGGCUGCUCUCCGUCCUUGUGCUUGCACAGAAUGCCGUUGCUCAGGACCCGACGCCGACACAGAACACGGAUACAGCCGCUCACACGCCUAAUACAGGGUACAAUGGCGGCGACGACAACCCGAAGGACCCUAGCGAUGCGGGAGCAGCAGGUACACAGCAAGGCGGCUUCUCGCUCUCCAAAGGCGGGCUGGCAGCCAUUAUCGUCGUCAUAAGCCUUGUGAUCAUACUUGGAGUUUCCUCCGCAGUGCUCUUCUGGCUCGCAAAGAAGCGUCAAUGGGACGUCCGCCAGUCUCUGCGCCGCGCUUCUCGCCGUCUCACAGGUCGCUCGACCGCGGAUCUUCCUGCUACGAAACGCGAGAAUCGCCGCACCGGUGUUCGCCUUGCUUCGCCUCCCGCAGGGCGAAGGAAGCAACCCGGCCAGGAGAAGGAUCUUGAGAAGGGACUCUCGGAGAAUCCGAAGCGGGGAACGACAACUACAAAGAUUACUAGCACCUUUGAUGUAGACACUCCAACGCCCAAGGCUCAAGGCUGGAAAGGCUUGACGCUGCCGGGCAAGAAGUGA